AUGGAUAAAACUACAAAAGAAAAAUUAGUAAAAGAGCUACGCGUGCUUUUUGCGAAUGGCAACACUGAAAAAUUAGCGAAAGAAGCCGUAAAGGAGCUGAGCAACUUCACUGGAACAGACAUUACGGACAUUUUCCAGAAACUUACAUAUGUAGUUGAUUUGCUAUCAAAGUUGACUGAAGGCUCUGCCAUUAUACCCAAUUCUUUUAAUGUAUCCCUUUCAGCUAUAUCGGUAGUGUUCAAGAUACUAGGCACAAAACUGAAAUCUUCCUCUCCCCCUGUAGAAAGAGACGCUACCUAUUUAGCCUUGUUGCGCUACCAAAAUUCAGAGCUAAAGGCGGAAGCAGUAGGCUUGGAAGAUUUACUUUUCACAACUCACGCCUACUUGAACGAGAUCGACGAACAUGCCCACGAGAGUGUUGUCAUCAGAUUGGAAGAAAGGUUUCCAACCAACGACACUGUGAGAUUCCUGGGAAAAUUAAAAGCUAAAGCACAGGAACUCCUGACGACGUCGGAGAUACCAUCUGCUCGUCGGGCAUCGGUUUAUAUCAAUCUGUAUUUCCGACUGGCAAUAUUGCGUACGAUGGUGUUGUGGCAGGUUUUCUGCAUCAAAGAGCGAAGUGGCUAUGACGAAGCAAGUACUAGAGCGGUUCUCGCCAUGAUAAAUGAAGGUCAAAAGUCAGACCUGGAAGUUGUCAGAUAUGUAACAGAAACAAGUUUCCAAAAGGUAGUGUUUCACACAAUAUUCCACCCGACAGAAAACGAAAAUUUCUUGCAUUUUCUUCAAAUUCAACAAUACUGGAUCCCAAACAUAGGACAAGAUCUAAGCUUCUGUCGUCAAACACAUUGUAUUCGCUCGUCAAAAAAGCCGGAGAUAAAAUUCGAGAGGACGUCAAUGCUUGGGGGACGUAUUCGUGGAGGUAGCGAUAUGUCCUCUGACUGUAAGUUUCAACUGGAACCUCUAAAGAAACGAAGGGUGGACAAUGUAUUUUAUAUAAGGUCAGCAAAGUCGCCCGGCCAUUACGUUUACAUGCACGACGGGGGAAAUUGUUUUUCCGCCUCCCACAGGCCGGGACCUGAGGGACAGUGGAAGAUUGUCCAGUUUGAGAAUGACAAGAGCCCCCCGCAGUAUGUGUUGUCUCCCCUUAAAUGGCCAUGUCGAUUUCUGUUCAUGAAAUCAUUUUUGGGAAGUAUUUCCAUAGCGGGCACUUACAGUUCCAAAGAAACUAAAGAUAAAGGUCUGUGGGAAAUCCUUGAUUUAUAGAGGAGUUUGAUUUUUUAUAAUAACACUGACAGUGUUUGGAACGUUUAAAUCGACUGACUCUAGAAUUUGCUCUUAUUAUUUAGCAUUAUUGCCUGAGUGUUACUCACUUACUCCUUCCGAGUUUUCUUUAAGUUGCAAAGCUAGUUCUAGAUCUAUUAAAUCAAAAUUUAAAUGGUAUUGUAAAUAUAUAUAAACAUAAUGUUUGAUAGCAGUAAUUUUUUUCAUUUUUCUUGUUAUCUUUAAUGCAUUAUGUGUAUAUAUUUUCUGUUUUCUUUUUUGUAUUUCCCUAUUUAUUAUUUCCACAGAUUUUGAGUGUUAUUUGCUUUACUAAUAUCUAAUGUAAAUUUGUUGUCUGUUAAGUUUGAGGUUUUAAAUAAAUCACUUUGAUCAAUAGU